AUGGAUGAGCUUUUCGAUGUCUUUGACGACAAACCUCAGUCGGCCCGGCCGACUGAGGGUACACCCAGACGCGCUAGAAAAGACAGAAGCAAGAAACGGCAGGUGAAUGGCGACGUGAAGAAAACCGAAGACGCCCAGACUGAACCGAUCGAGGACGAAUCCAUGCCAGAUGCGCCCUCCGCGAAAUCGGAGGAUGUCGAUUCCGCUCCCCCAACAACCUCGAACCAGGAUCAGCCCGAUGCGAAGCGGCUUCGUUUGGAGGAUGUAUCGGAACCAGUACUUGCUGAUUCUUUCGAAGCCGAACAAGAGGUCCAGUUCAAGCAAGCACAGGAUGCGUCUGGAUCUGGCGAAACUGUGACGGUGUCUCACCAAGUCCGCCAUCAAGUCGCAUUUCCCGUGGAUUACCCUUACGUGCCAAUCGACCAGCACAAGCCACCUGCGGAACCAGCGAAGACAUGGCCCUUCCCGCUCGAUCCUUUCCAGCAGCUGGCGGUCUCUUCAAUUCAACGUCAUGAGAGUGUGCUUGUUUCCGCCCAUACUAGUGCCGGAAAGACCGUUGUCGCAGAAUACGCCAUUGCGCAAAGUUUGAAGCAGAACCAGCGUGUCAUCUACACCAGUCCGAUCAAAGCGCUCAGUAACCAGAAAUACCGAGAAUUUGCUGCCGAAUUCGGUGAUGUUGGACUCAUGACCGGUGAUGUGACAAUUAAUCCUACUGCUACCUGUCUUGUUAUGACCACGGAGAUUCUUCGCUCCAUGUUGUACCGCGGCUCUGAGAUCAUGCGCGAAGUCCAAUGGGUUAUUUUCGACGAAAUUCACUACAUGCGAGACGCCAAUCGCGGUGUGGUGUGGGAAGAGACCAUCAUUUUGUUGCCUGAUAAGGUCCGGUAUGUGUUCCUGUCCGCUACCAUUCCAAACGCCAUGCAGUUUGCGCAAUGGAUCGUCAAAAUGCACAACCAGCCUUGCCACGUCGUUUACACGAACUACCGUCCGACUCCACUUCAGAACUACUUCUUCCCCGCUGGUGGGGAGGGAAUGCACCUCAUCGUCGACGAGAAGGGUGUUUUCCGUGAGCAGAACUUCCAAACUGCCAUGAGUGCUAUUGCGGACAAGGCUGGUGCGGACUCAGCCGAUCCCAACGCUAAGCGCAAGGGCAAAGGAAAGGAUGGACAGGUGAACAAGGGAGGCAACAAGGGCCCAUCGGAUAUCUUCAAGAUUGUCAGAAUGAUCAUGAUGAAGAGCUACAAUCCCGUCAUUGUUUUCAGUUUCAGCAAGCGGGAGUGUGAGGCCAAUGCGUUGCAGAUGGUCAAAAUGGCAUUCAACGAUGACUCCGAGAAGGAAAUGGUGAGCAAGGUCUUCGAGAGUGCCCUCGAAAUGCUCUCGCCGGAAGACCGCAAACUGCCCCAGAUCGACAACAUUCAUCCACUUCUGCGACGUGGUAUCGGCAUUCACCACUCAGGUUUACUUCCAAUUCUGAAGGAAACCAUUGAGAUUCUAUUCCAAGAGGGUCUCAUCAAGGUCUUGUUUGCAACCGAGACUUUCUCCAUUGGCUUGAACAUGCCCGCAAAGACUGUAGUGUUCACGAGUGUUCGCAAAUUUGAUGGAACCAGUCAGCGUUGGGUUACUCCCUCUGAGUUCAUCCAGAUGUCCGGUCGUGCUGGUCGUCGUGGUCUUGACGAGCGAGGUAUCGUGAUCAUGAUGAUCGGCGAGGAGAUGGACCCUGCGGUUGCGAAGGAAAUCGUUCGCGGUGAGCAGGAUAAGCUCAACUCCGCAUUCCAUCUAGGCUACAACAUGAUUCUCAACCUGAUGCGUGUCGAGGGUAUUUCCCCUGAGUAUAUGCUCAGCCAGUGCUUCAAGCAAUUCCAAAACCUCGGGAGCCUUGGCGGGUUGGAGAAGAGUCUUCAGGAGCUGGAGGAAAAGCGCCAAAACAUGAAUAUCGCUGAUGAAGGCACCGUUCGUGAAUACUACGAUCUGCGCAAGCAACUCGAUGGAUUUGCGGAUGAUGUCCAGCACGUUACCUCACACCCUAACUAUGCUUUGGCGUUCCUCCAGACUGGACGACUGGUCCAUCUUAAGUAUCAGGAUGCCGACUACGGCUGGGGUGUAGUGGUCACUACAAAGAAGCGGGCACAGGGAAAACACGAUACCCAGAAGCUAACGGACCACCAAACUCACGUCAUCGAUGUCUUGGUAAACCUUGCGCAGGGACCUUCCGUCGGUACCAAAUCUUUCCAGGACAUCCCCUCUGCCAUUCGCCCUGCGCAAGAAGGCGAGGAAUCUCGCCAAGAGGUUAUCCCUGUGACUUUGAACUGCGUCAGAGAACUCUCUCAUGCUCGCCUCCGACUCCCCAACGAUAUUACAGGCAAGGACGCCCGGAAGGGCGUCAUGGCCAACGUUGCCGAAGUGAAAAGACGUUUCCCAGAUGGUCUUCCACUUCUUGACCCGAUAGAAGACAUGGGUAUUAAAGACGAUAGCUUUAAGAAGUUGCUACGGGUAAGAAUCGAUCCAGUCGCUCCAGAUGAUGGACACAGCUCUAACUGUUUACAGAAAAUCGAGGUCCUCGAGUCCCGUCUCCUGAGUAACCCUCUGCACAACUCACCUCGGUUGGCCGAGCUGUGGGAGCAAUAUGCCGAGAAGUUGGAACUCGGCUCGAAAAUCAAGGCUCAGAAGAAGGAGAUCGACGAUAUCCAGUCCGUUCUGCUGCUCGAUGAGCUGAAGAACCGUAAGCGUGUGCUGCGUCGUCUCGGAUUCAUUGACGACGCCGAGGUCGUACUGCUGAAGGCCCGUGUCGCUUGUGAAAUCAGCACCGGUGACGAGCUCAUGCUCAGCGAGCUUCUGUUCAACGGUUUCUUCAACGACCUGACCCCGGAGCAAGUCGCUGCUGUUAUGAGUUGCUUCGUCUUUGAAGAGAAAGUCAAGGAAGCCCCUCCAUUGGAAAAGGAGGAACUGUCGAAGCCCUUGAAGGAGAUCCAUUCGCAAGCCCGCAUGAUCGCCAAGGUGUCCCAGGAAUCCAAGAUGGCUGUGAAUGAAGACGAAUAUGUCCAAAGCUUCCACUGGGAACUGAUGGACGUGGUCUUUGCAUGGACUCAAGGCCGGUCCUUUGCCGACAUCUGUGGAAUGACCGAUGUCUACGAGGGAAGCUUGAUCCGUGUCUUCCGCCGGUUGGAAGAGUGUUUGCGACAGAUGGCGCAAGCUGCCAAGGUGAUGGGCAGCGAGGAUUUGGAGAGCAAGUUCGAGGAGGCCCUUACCAAGGUCCGUCGUGACAUUGUUGCUGCCCAGUCUCUGUACUUGUAG